GUCAGUAUUCCUCCCUACCUGUCUGAACAGGGAGCAGUGGAGCGCUGUGGGGCAGAGGAGAAAGAGAAAGAGUGGAAAUAAAGGGAGAUGAGGCGAGAAGGAGUAGGAACAAAGACAAAUUGAAGGACAAAACAGGAAAGACGUGUAUUGAGAUGAGUGUGGACGAACGGAGGGUUAGAGAGGUGUAGAGAGAAGAGAAGCGUUGGCGUGUGAAGAGGUUGCUCUGUUUUUGUCCUCCGUUGGAAAACAUUUCCCCUGUUGGUGUGGUGUUGGUGUGGUGUUGGCUUGGUAUGGAUGCUAUCAUGCUGCAGGAGAAACUGGUGGAACGCUUGCUUUGCCAUCGAGUCAAAACCUCCAGACAGAAGGAGAAGCAGUAUGUGGGUUUUGCCACCCUCCCUAACCAGGUGCACAGGAAGUCAGUGAAAAAGGGAUUUGACUUCACCCUCAUGGUCGCCGGGGAGUCUGGUAUGGGUAAAUCUACUCUGGUCAACAGCCUGUUCCUCACAGACCUGUACAAGGACAGGAAACUACUCAAUGCUGAGGAGGUUCUCUUCCCUCCAUCCCUACCUCUCGCCUUCCCUUUCUCAGAGCGUAUCAACCAGACAGUUGAGAUCAUUAAGCACACGGUGGACAUUGAGGAGAAAGGAGUGAAGCUGAAGCUGACCAUUGUAGACACACCAGGCUUUGGAGACGCUGUCAACAACAAUGAAUGCUGGAAGCCCAUCACAGACUACAUUGACCAGCAGUUUGAGCAGUACUUCAGAGAUGAGAGUGGACUGAACAGGAAGAACAUCCAGGACAACAGAGUCCACUGCUGCCUCUACUUCAUACCUCCUUUUGGACAUGGACUGCGUCCAGUAGAUGUUGAGUUUAUGAAGGCUCUCCAUGAGAAGGUGAAUGUAGUUCCUCUCAUAGCCAAGGCUGACUGUCUCACUCCCAACGAGAUCAAGAAACUCAAAGACAGGGUCCGUGAGGAGAUCGAGAGGUUUGGCAUUAAGGUAUACCAGUUCCCAGAGUGUGACUCUGAUGAGGACGAGGAGUUUAAACAACUGGACAAAGAGCUGAAGGAGUGCUGUCCGUUUGCGGUGAUUGGCAGUAACACUGUGGUUGAGGCCAGGGGCCAGAGAGUGAGAGGGAGACUUUACCCAUGGGGCAUUGUGGAAGUGGAGAACCAGUCUCACUGUGACUUUGUGAAGCUGAGGAACAUAUUGAUCCGCUCCCACAUGCACGACCUCAAAGACGUGACCUGUGAUGUGCACUAUGAGAACUACAGAGCGCAGUGUAUACAGGACAUGACCAGUAAACUGACGCAAGACAACCGAAUGGAGAGCCCGAUCCCCAUCUUGCCCCUGCCCACCCCCGAUGUGGAGACCGAUAGACUCAUCAAGAUGAAAGAUGAAGAGUUGGCGAGGAUGCAGGAGAUGCUGAAUAAGAUGCAGCAGCAUAUCCAUGAUGGGAAGGACUAGUGAGCCUCCUCUGCGGCAGACCCGGGCUACAGCCCCAUCUGCUGGCCAGCCACUGAACUACAUCCACAACUUCAGACGAACAAAUGCAAACAAUACCAUACAUACCAACAUGUUACUUACUGAUAUAAUCAGCAUUGUGUUUGGGGGGGGAAACAGUAGCUGUAUAUUCAUUGGUCAUUUUUUUUUUUUUGUGCUUUUAUUUAUUUGGUCUGUCCUGCAAGGAUACAUGUGGUGUGGAUUUAGUUUUUUACUGUACCUGGUGUCCAUUUGAACCCCAUUAAUAUAAUUAACGGUCCUGAUAGCAUAUGACAUAAUAUAAACAAGUUAUUUAAAUGACCUGUUAAAAUAUAUCUAAUUUAUAAAUAUGCUGAAUACUUUGGGGAUAUUCUGUCAGGUUAUGAGUACGCAUAAUAAGAUGUUUUGUAAAACAGCAAUAUUACUGAUGUUAAGGUUUGAAUCUUUGUUGAUGUUGAGCGUGUGUGUCUGUGUGAUUCCAUAUGUAUGACCCUCUAUUACGAGAACCUUAUUCUGCUUUGAUACUGUGAGAAUCCGUUUUCCCUUUGUGGCAUUUCUUGUACUUUUGCUGUUGGUACAAACUUAAUAAUAGGCUACCUAAGAAUCUAAACAUAAAUGUAACUUAUUACCUUUUUACUGCUGGUCUCUACAUGGUACUUGUUGGGAAGACCUUUCUUUUGUUUUCUUUUUUAUAAUGAUGUUUUGGUGCUUGCAAGUCAGAUUGAAAAUGUAUUCAGCGCCAUUUGUUUACCUUAGUGAAUUGAGAUCCUUUGACAUACAUAGCUAAUGAAAGGGUAGGUACAAUAAGUGGUGCAUGUGCAAGCAAGCAUGCAGAAGUUACUCAUAACUGCUUACAGCUGCAUUUCCACUCUCCUACGAUGCAAUGUGUUUGUUCUUAAAUGCAUUUUGAACUACGCCUCAGUACCACUAUGUGACGGUAAAAAUAGGCCAAAUAUUAAGAGCAGCUACUGUAUAUGCUUUUGUCCAAAAUGGCAUAUAGUGUGUGUGGUGUAUGCUGCCCUCUGGCUGUGAUGUUCAGGAUGGUGAUUGUGGCUUUUUAUAGUGCUAGUGCUCAGAAAACAUGGUGGAACUAGUAACCUGGUUAUGAUGACGAAUAAACAGUCUGGAUUCA